AUGAAACAAAUAGUCAUACUCUUUGUUUUGAUUUUAUUAGCAACAGCUUCCAGCGGUAACUAACCUAAUAUAAACAAUAGAUCUGCUAAAAUCAAUAUCUAAAUUUGCUGAUGAUGGAGAUAAUCCUUCCAAAUUUGCCAAAAGUAAAGUUUCACCAUUUUCCGAGGAAGAAUCAGAAGAUUACGAUAAUGAUGAUGCUGAUACCUCUAAGAAAGUGGCAUAAUAAGAUGAUGAUGAUGAAGAAGUUGAUGUUAUGGCUUAAUUGAAAAGUUACUAAUAGAAACUAUCUACAAAUAAAGAAGUUAAGCCACCCUAACCCCAAAAGAAAUAGGUUCAAGUAAUUUCUGAAUCAGAAUCAGAAUAUGACGAUGAAGAUGACAGUGGUAACAUGUGGAGUAGAGGAAUAUCAAAAAAAUUGGCUUAGACUGAAUCUAAACCAUUGGUUUUACCAAUUUAAACAGCUAAAGAAUAAAUAAAGAAUGAUUUCAACCAAUUUACAAACUUAAAAAUGCCAGAAGUAUAAUAACGACCUUAGGAAACUAAACAAGAUGUAAGCCCAAAAGUAUAGGAUGAUUCAGGAAAAGAUCACUCAGCCGAUUUCGAAAAAAUGAAAUAAGCUUAAUUGGAAAAAUAUAGCAAGAGAUUUCAUCUAGAUGAGCCCAAAGAAUCUAAGAGCAUGUAUGAAGAUGAUAGCUUGAAGGAAUUCAUGCCAAAAAUCAAUUUUCAACCCAUAAACAUUUAAGAAACUAAAACAUCAUAGUAAAUAUAAAUGAAUCCAGAAAAGAAAUAAGAAAAUAAACAUGAAGAACCAGAAAGUGAGUCUGAUGAUGAUGAUGAUGAAAUACAAAUGAAUAAAACAAUUUAAUCAUCCAAUAAAAACAAUAAUAAAGCUUUCAAUGACUUAUAAUCCACUUCAGAUGCAUUCGAUUUCUUUAACCAAAAUAAAUAAUAAUAGAAGCCAAAUAAGAAAGGAUAAAAAAUUGAGUAAUCAGAGUCAGAAUCAGAAGAUGAAGAGAGUGUAGAUGAAUAAGAGUAGGAUAAAGAUGAUGAUGAAGAUGAGGACUAUGUUUAAUAAGUCAAGAAGAGCAAAAAAUAAAAGGAUGAUAGAGAAGAAUAAAAAAGAAAAUAAAAAUAAAUCUAAUAAUAAUAAGAGGAGGAAGAACAAUAAAGAAAAAUCAUGUAGAAAAAACAAAAUGAAAAAGAGGAAUUAAGAAAAAAGUAAGAAGAGGAAGAGAGACUGUAAUAAUAAUAAUCCAAACAAUAAGUAGUGAAAAGAGAUUUGGAUGAUGAUUAAAUUCCUUAAAAGAAGAAAUCAAAAAAACAAAAAAAGUAAUUAAGUUUGGAAGAAUUUUAAUAAUCUUUGAAACUAGAUGAAGAAAAAUCUUCACUAACAUCUUUUGCCUAAAAGGAAGCUAAAGAAAAAGCUAUAUUGGAAUAGAAAACAUUUACAUUAGUAAAGGAGACUCCACAAUAAGUUUAAGAAUAAAAAGUAUUUAAAUUAUAAGCAAUUCCAAAAAAACAAUAAUAAUUUAUUCAAGAGGAAGAAUCAGAAUCAGAAUCGGAAAGUGAGAAUGAUGGAGAUGCUGAUACUCCAAAAUCAAUAAAUUGCUCUGAAAGUAAGAACAAAUUUAUAUAAUAAAUCUGCUAAUUAUGUUAGACUAAAGUGGCUUAUUAGGUUAAUUAACAGAAUUGGUAGAAGAUUGGAAUAAAUGACGGUUUCAGGUAUUUAUUAAAAAUUGUAUCAUAUAUCUUAGGAAUUUAGGCAAUCCUUUGAGCCGCUGAUCGAGUUCACUUUCAAAAGCAUAGGUGAAAUUGGAUCAUAUUAUUUGAGUUUCAAAGACCACACAGUCUGUUUAAGUGCUGAAAAUUUAUCUAAGAUUGUAAACUAUACUUAUUAUAAUGUAGACAAAUGUUGAUAAGGUGUUAAAACACUUCACUGGAAAUUAAUUAGCUGAUUAUAAUUCCCCAGUUGAGAUUCCAGCUAAAAGUUAACCGAUUAACUUUUUAUUGAGUGCAGAAUAUGGUAAGCAAUAGAGAUUAUUAUAAGAUUCUUUAUUAAAUGGAUUUUCAUGUAGAAGAUUUUAAAUAGCUAUAAAAACAGACCUAAAAUAUAAAUUGAGUAAGAAAAAUGACAUUAACGUUAAGUAAAUAAUCUUUUAUAAAAACAAAGUAAAAUUUAGUUUUAUAAAUAGUUAAAAUUAAAAUAUAUGGGAUUGAUUUAAAUAAAUGGAGUUGUCCAUUAAGCCAGUUUUGAUUAAGAAGAAGGAGGAGAAGUCACAAAUCUAAUUGUUACUCAGUUAAAUUUGCCUAAAGAGUAAGGAGUCAUAGCCAGCUUGGUUGAUAAAUAUAUUGAUGACAAUUUCGUUGCAAAUUUGCUACAGAAAUCAGGUAACCUCUACAUCUUAUAUUUUAGAAUAAAUGACAGCUGACUUAUAGAUCUAAACACAUAUAAAAAAUGACGAUAUCGGGCUUACAUUUAAUUUGAGAAAGAAAAAGGGAAAAUGA